AUGCUAGCCCUAACCUCCAUAACCGGCAAACUAGGCAACGCAGUCCUCUCCGCAAUCCAAGAACACGACCUCUUACCCCCCUCCCGCCUAAUCCUCUGCACCUCCUCAGACCCAUCCUCACCCCGCUGGAACACCCUCAAAUCGCAAGGCGCCCAACUCCGGCACUUCAACUUCAACGCUCCAGACCCAGCCACCUUUGCCGGAUGCGAGAAAUUAUUCUUAGUCUCCACUCCCAACAUCGCCUUGGAUUUCAACGAUGCGCCAGAGGGUAAAGGGAGAGAGAGCGCGCAUAUAGCCGCUAUAAACGCGGCUGUCACCGCGGGUGUAUCGCAUGUUUAUUAUACAUCGUUGGCAUUUGGGGCUAAUUCGAGCGCGGGCGUGAUGCGUGCGCACUUGCGGACGGAGAAGUAUUUAAGAGGGUUGGAAGAGCGGGGCAGGGUGAAGGUCACGGUUAUUAGGGAGGGGUUGUAUAGUGAGAGCUGGCCGCUGUACUUGGGGUAUUUUGAACUUGCUGGGGGGGAUAAGAGAGACGAGAUUAUCCUAGCGGGGGAUGGCAGGGUCUGCUGGACUGCGAUUCGGGAUUUGGGGCUCGGGACUGCAUUGGUUUUGGUGGAUGGGAGUGAGACGUGGGCAGGGAAGACUUUUUAUUUGAGCGCGCCGCCGGAGAUGGGGCGGUCGUUGCGGGAGAUUGCGGGGUUGGUGGGGAGGGCGAGGGGGGAGGGAGCUGAGGGUUAUGGUUGUAGGGAGGGAAGAUAUUAUGUUGGGAGAGGGAGGGAGAGAAGUGCGGUGGAGUGGUGGAGUAGCAGUUACCCCGCGCUGGAGGAGGGGGAGUGUGAGAUUCGGGAUGGGACGUUGGGGGAGCUACUUGCGAGUAGAGGGGUGACAUUGAAGCCGGUCGAGGAGACGGUGAAGGAGAUGUUCGGUGUUUGA